GAGCCGAUGCAGCCAGCGGCGAGGGCAAUAAUGCUGGGGGCAAGAUCCCAGUUCCCGUUUUCGACGGCACAAGCAAGACAAUGAAUAAGUUCCGCCGGGAGGUCGCCGUUUGGCAGAUCGGCGCGGAGGUCAAGCCUCUCGAGCAGGGAGCGACGCUCCUGGCGAGCCUCAAGGGCAAGGCCGAGGAUGCGUGCGAGGAGCUCGGCCUGGAGACCAUCACGGGCGACGAUUCGGUUGAUGUUUUCCUGGCCAACCUCGGGGGGCUUUUUCCCGAGAUCGAGGGUCUGGAGGCCCCAGCGCUAUUGCAGACUUUCAUGAUGCCGGCCUGUGUCCGGCACAAGUUCGAAGAUAUCCGUUACUUCAACAACCGUUGCAACGGCGUGGCUGCGAAGCUGAAGGCCAAGGGGAUCCAGGGGAUCCAGGUGCCCGACGAGGUCUUGGCCGACCUCUACAUCGAGGGGGCCCGGCUGCCUCCUGAGCGCGCGGCUAGCGUGCCCAAUGCGGUUGGCAACAAGUUCAAUCCCACGAGGAUCCAGGAGCAGCUCAUGAUUAACCUCUCAUGUCGCGACAAGGGCUGCGAGAGGGUGUGCGCCGCGGAGGCCUACGACGAUGAGCGUAGGUCCGAGGACAGAUUCGACGGCACCUCGUCCGACAGCCCCGACAUAUUUGACGACGGCUUACCCGACAAGCUGCAGGGCGCGAUCGUUGACGCGGAGGAGCAGGCAGCCUUCUUCACCAAGAAGAUGGCGCGCGCCAAGGACGAGCUCAAAGAGGUUGAGCAGGUGCGCGGCUACAUCGCCAAGCGAGACGGCGGGCCUCCGCAGAAGAAGGGCGUUGCCAGGAUCGAAGAUGAAGGCAGGGGCGCACUGCGGAGCGUGCGGCCAGACAG